GGGGUCCGGCUGCCGCCACUAUGGACAUCCUGCCGCUGGCCGGCAAGACCGCGGCUCUGUCGCUCGGCGCCCUCCCCUUGUCCUACGCGAUUAACCACGUCUCGGCGCUCUCGCACCCCCUGGGGCUGGCAUUGAUGAGUGCCCUGAUCCUGGGCCUGCUUUUUGUGGCUAUCUACAGUUUGUCCCCCGGCGAGAUCUACUAUGACCCACUCUAUGCUGUGUUCACUGUCUUCUCCUUCACCUCGGUGGUGGAUCUCCUCAUUGCUCUCCAGGAAGAUGGCUACGCGGGGAGCUUCAUGGAAUUCUUUACUAAGGAGGGAGAGCCUUAUUUGCGCACCGCACACGGAGUCUUCAUCUGCUACUGGGACGGCACGGUUCACUACCUCCUCUACUUGGCCAUGGCUGGUGCCAUCCGCAGAAGGAAGAGAUACAGGAACCUUGGACUGUACUGGCUGGGAUCUUUCGUCAUGAGCGUCUUGGUGUUCCUCCCAGGAAACAUCCUUGGUAAAUAUAGCUCAGAGAUCAGACCUGCCUUCUUCCUUGCCAUUCCCUACGUGCUAGUCCCAUGCUGGGCUGGCGUGAGGGUCUUCAACCAGGCCCAGGCACCAAACUGCUGUGCCCCCAAUGUGGUACAGGAGGAACAAAGCAAGGGUAUCCUGCGACGUCCAGUAGACUUGGCCCUUGUCAUAUACCUCACCCUCGCCGGGUUCUUCACCCUCUUUCGGGGCCUGGUGGUGCUUGACUGCCCCACAGAUGCGUGCUUUGUCUACAUCUAUCAGUAUGAGCCAUACCUACGGGACCCUGUGGCCUAUCCGAAGGUGCAGAUGCUGGUGUACAUGUUUUACGUGCUGCCCUUCUAUGGCCUGGCUGCCUACGGCCUCAUCUUCCCUGGCUGUUCUUGGCUGCCUGACUGGGCCUUGGUGUUUGCUGGAGCUGUUGGCCAGGCACAGUUCUCGCACAUGGGGGCCUCGAUGCACGUGCGCACACCCUUCACCUACCGCGUGCCUGAUGACGCCUGGGCCUGCUUCUUCGGGAGCAACCUGCUGUAUGCGCUGGGUCCCCAGCUGCUGGCCUUCCGCUGCCUGUGGCGGCCUGCCUUCUUCCUGCACCCGCCCCCUGGUCCCCUGGCCCACCACAAGAAGGAGGACUGAGAGAGCUGGGGACUCCCUACGACUGUU